AUUGGGAGGACCUGAAAGUUUUUUCGUGUGUGUGUGUUUUACCAGUGCCUGUCAAACCGACCAUUUUGCACAGGCUCAGUUCUGAUAUUUCCUGUCUUGGGUUAUCAUCACUUCGCCUAAAGACGACGCUACGUUGCAGCACCAACGCCCCCUUCCACCCCUCGGGUUCUCGUUUCUACCGAAAGGUUUGCGGCAGGAUUUUGCUUGCAGUAUCCAUGGCAAUGUUAAGUGCUCCAAGUUCUGAGAAGUCCAGCAUGUUUACAGUCAUUGUGUCAUCAGAUUAGGCUGCUGCCCCAGUCCUCAGUACGUGGAUUUCUGCUCUACAGUCUCCCCAUGCCACACACCAUUCCCCGGCCAAAAGGGCAAGAAAGAAGACAUGGUUCUUCGUGUAAGGCGACCCUCUCACCAGCUUCAUCAACCUCCAAUUCCACGACGUCACCAAUCCCAAUGAAAUCCAAAGCCUGCAGUAGCCAUACCGCAAUUGGUAGCAACUCCAAGCCAUUCAAGCCACCAAAAGACAAUCUACAUACCUCCAAUAAUAAGCAGCACCAGGCAGUCUUUCCUUCCAAAGUAACAAGAGAUAAAUCAUGUGUUCCUGUCCCAGUAGUCAGCCUUGAGAAGAUCCCGAACCUGGUGAAAACGGAUGGUGCCAAUGUUAAAAUGAGUUCCACCACUGCUACCACCUCUACCACCUCUUCUUCCUCUUCAUCCUCCACAUCUUCUGCAAGUUUGGUUAAGUCUGGUUUGACAUCAACAACAUCGAAGUCUGUGCCACCUUCACCUGAAAAAAUUUUGAAUGGGAAAGCAAUAGUACCACCUGUGAUAGACAAGAAACAUCAGAAUGGUACUAAAAGCAGUAAUAAGUCUCACAAAAGACUUUCUGAGAGGGAAUUUGAUCCCAACAGACAUUGUGGUGUUAUGGAUCCUGAGACAAAGAAGCCAUGUACAAGGUCACUUACCUGCAAGACCCAUUCACUUAACCAUCGGAGAGCUGUGCCAGGUCGAAGGAAACAGUUUGACAUUCUUCUUGCUGAACACAAAGCUCGCUCAAGGGAGAAAGAAACUGUGAAAGACAAGGAACACCCUCAGAUGUCAAAGGAAACUCUUCAGAGCCAGUCAAUGCCUACACAAGAGCAGGUUACAGGAUCUUUAACAAACACUGGUUUGGAGACUAAAGUUACAUCGCCAGCAAAAUCUAGACCAUUGAACACUGUUCUUGCUAGCAGGGUUUCAGCCACCAACAGCAUAAAUAACACGGCUACUGCAUCUAACAGUGCAACAGUAUUGGAAUUGCCAUUGUCCAUAAUUGGAGACUUAGCAAGCCGAAUGUCCAGUGAUGAAGGAGAAGUGGAUGGCUCAGAGGAAACUGAAAAACUGGACUGUCAUUAUUCUGGGCACCACCCAAAGCCACUAGGAUAUUGCACUUUUGGAAGUCGCCUGAUGGGCAGAGGUUUCUAUGUCUUUGACAGAAGAUGGAACCGUUUUCGACUGGCACUUAAUUCAAUGGUAGAAAAGCACCUAAAUUCACAGAUGUGGAAGAAAAUUCCUCCUGCAGCAGACAGCCCUAUGCCAUCGCCCACAACCUUUUCCACAUCAGUGCUGCAGCCUCUGAGCAGCCCUUCUGCAGUUUAUCUAUCUUCAAGCUCAGCAAUGACUCCUUCUUACGUAAUGACAGCCCCCAUGUUGUCAUCAGCGGGGUUUGUGACCACAACAGACACCAAUCCCAUCAUGUCGUACAAUGCUGCCUUUCCACAUGCAGCCACUGCAUUUAGUUUGAUGGAUUCUGCGUUCAAGGCCCCAUCAUUAUUGUCGCCAGUACCUGCUGUCGUACCUUCCCCGUCACUCAGUAAACCGCCGAAAACGAAAACCAGCAGAUCGUCCAAAGUUAAGGACCUUCCUUCCCGCAGCGAUAGGGGCUCGUGUAAUAAGAGGAAGAAACCUCCACCUCCUGUCUCCUCCCCAUUUCCUUCAACGUUACAGAGCUCAGCUUCAACUUCAUCAUUUUCAGGGUCGCACAAAAGGAACUGCAUACUGAACCCUGGCACUGCAUUGAACUCAUUUCCAGCCACAUCUUCCUACAGCGCAAUGUCUGUGCACAAUACGAACAAUGGAACCAACGCACUCAGUGCCAAAAUAGACCCCUCAGGACGGACUACUUUGCCUGGCAGCUCGACUGACUCUAUUAAACACAUGAGCAUGGUGGUAAGCAGUAUUGACCCCACUCUCUCUGUUUCCUCCCUGGUGCAUCACCCAGGGGACCAUGCACUAGUAGCACAUAAUGCUAUGUCUUCGCUGCCCCUUCCUUUUGACAAGUCAGAAGGCAAAAAGCGUAAAAGCUCUAGUUCCAGCAGUAAAUCCAGUAAAAUAACCAAAAUGCCUGGUAUGAACAGUGUUCACAAACGAAGUGCUGCCAAUGUCAUAUCUUCAGUCUCGGAAGCUUCAAACAGUUCUGUCUCCCGCCAGAUAGGGAAAAGCAGCAGUAUAUCUUUAUCACAAUCCAGUCCUUCAACCACAACAAGCCCUGCACAUGGUAACAGACAACCAAAAAUCCAGCAGUGAAAACUAUUUUCAUGGGAUAGUAGUUUUGAAAAGAUUCAAUAGUUGAAAGUGGCUCUGGUACUCACCUUCGACUGCAUAAUGGACUGCACCGAUAAGACAAGAACCUCUGCUCUGAAGAUGUGAAGAAGCCUCCAUCUUAGCCAAUACCUCUGAGCGGCCUUUACCCCCAUUCUUCUGGCAAUGCUGGCUGAAUGAGCAUGUGAUGAGUUUCGAAUUAGAGAAAGCCCAGUAUCACUUGUCCUUUUGGUGGUGGUUUAGGGCUGUCCAGUAAUGCAAUACACCAGAUUCUAUAAAAGCCAGGAUAAUCAUGAUUACCCCCUCCCCUUCCACAAAAGAUAAUUAAUGUUAAUCAUGAUCUAAAUUGACUUGACAUGUACACAAAGAUUAAACGUAUCAAAGCAUAUUUUUACCUGGAAUUUUUUAAAUUCUUGACAAUUGGCAGGAUUUAUGGAAUCCCACAUGAUUACACUGAUUUGUAUCCCUAUAGUUUUUAUAUAAAUGAUAUAUGCUUUCAUCAAAAUGUUGUUUUGCGACAUGGUAGAUUUUCGCAGUGUGGGGUGUUGAAAAAAAUAAUCUCAUCUUGGUUCUACUGGCUCUCAUGCUUUACUGUUCCAUUUAUAAUUCCAUGUCUGUAUAGAGACAUUAGCUACCAGAAUACAAAAAAAACUUUUCAAAUGCAAUUUUUCUUUCCUAAUGGCAAAAUUUGUUUCAUUAAUUGGUGGAGGUGGAAAUUUGAGAGAGUAUCUUUUUAAGCAAGUGACAGAAACUGGAUUGUCACCAGCUUUGUAUCAGAAGGUGUUAUAAAAUGGUGGAGUUUUCCAGCAUGAUAAUGUAAUGAGUGAAGUUGCAGAGGGACUAUUGAGAGAUAGUGGAGAACAAAAGCAUAGGAAGUGUUAAUGAUGUCUUAUAUUUCAGUGUUAAAAGUGCACUUAUUUUGUGACGGAAUCUUCCCAAUUAGAAAAGAACAGGCAGGGAUUAUAGUAAACAAGGAUUUUCCUGUAAUAAGAAUGGAUUUUUAUGGUUUUAAUAGUGGUAUAUUAAAAGCGAAGGCUGUUCUGUGUAAUAAACUAAAGCUGGUGUGCAGAGACUGUUAAAAUGAAGUUGCAGCACAGAGAACUAUUUUUUCUUAAGCUAAUCACCAUCCACACAGUUAAAGAGGUUGUUCCUUUAAUUGUUAGUGUUAAUUUUCAUUAAUUUAUGAUUUAUCAUUUUAUUAAUGCUCUAACUGGCCAGGAUAGGUUCAGAAAUAGAAUUUAGGAAUGUCAAAAGUUGUGUGUUUAUAUAUUUUUUAAAUAAAUUUGGAUUGAAUUUUUUCCUAUGUACAUUUUGUUAGACUGAAAAUUGUGUACAUAUCUGUUGUUAUUUUUGCACAAAUGUUUGUCAUGAUUAGCUUAGGAGCUUUUAAGUAUUUUAAUUUUUCUAAUUUAUUGUGGGUUGUUAUAAAACUACAGGGGGUGGGAAAUGAAUUCCCAGUAAUUAGAAUAAUUUAUGUGUGUGUGUGUGUGUGUGUGUGUGUGUGUGUGUGUAUAUGUGUGUGUGUGUGUGUGUGUGUGUGUGUGUGUGUUACAUAUAUAAAUAUAUAUAUAUAUAUACACACACAUACACAUGUAUAUCAAAAAUAAUGCUGAAGUCUGUCACAAUUACAAACUUUCCUUUUAAAACUAACUGUGUUUGUCAGGAACUGCUACUGGGUAGUGAGAUGCAAGACAAGUCCAUGACUGAAGGGGACAGCUUGGUAAUUAUAACAAGUGUCAGUAGUUGCCCACGUUGUGGGCCUUGGUAUUGUAUAUUGUACCAGUACAAAUCAUGGACACAAUGCAUAAACCUGUCAGCCAUAAAGAGACAGCAGAUUACUGUAUGCCUUCUUUUGUAUUGAUGUAACAAUUGUAUAUAAAGCUGAUCAAAAAUUUGUAGAAAAUAGUUUAUACAGCAUUAUUAUAUUAUUGCUGAAUCUCAGUGAAUUCUUGGGGAAAAGAAGUUUUUCUAUUUACACCUUAUUUUUUUGUUACACUGUUGACCCAUGGCAUUUUGACAAAACUCUGUGGGUUUUGCAUUGCUGGUCAGUCAUGGGUGUGUUAAUACUGCUGUUGCACAGAUAAGAAUUUGCACCUGCCUCAUUGUGCUUUCCUACUGCAGAUUUAAAUUCUACCCCUUUCCCAUUCAAAGAUAUCAAAAGCAUGUAAAAAUCAUCUGUGCCAUACUGUAACUGUUCCUUUUCUGUAAAUGAAUUUUAUACACUACAUAUUUUCAAUUUGCUUUGUGCACCUUUCCAUCUUUUCCACCCACCACCUACCCUCCAGCAGUACGAUUGUGUUCAUUCCAUGCCGACCUUCAUCUUUGUGGUAUUGUUAACAGAAUGGUGUCUAGAAUAGCUGUAAAUAGUUAAUUCAAUGGCGUAUAAAUUGAACAAACUUUGUUUCUGAUUGACACUGCCAUGGUUCAACACCCAGCUUGGAGAGAUUCUCUAGUGAGGGAUGUUUUUUUGUUUUGUUUUGUAACAGGCUUUGUAAAUAAAAAAAAUAAUUUAUAUGUUUC